AUGGCAGCCUUUGUUCCUCCAUCUCCUGCGGCGGCGACGACCCUACCGGCGGCCGGUUCAACCCCAACCGCCGCCGAGAAGCCAAAAGUUGACUACUUGAAUCUCCCCUGCCCCAUUGCGUACGAAGAAAUCCACCGCGAGGCCCUCAUGUCCCUGAAGCCAGAUCUCUUUGAGGGAAUGCGCUUUGACUUUACCAAAGGACUCAAUCAGAAGUUUUCUCUGAGCCACAGUUUGAUGAUGGGGCCGACAGAGAUUCCAUCUCAGUCAUCUGAAACAAUUAAAAUCCCCACUGCUCAGUAUGAGUUUGGUGCCAACUUUUUAGACCCUAAGUUAGUACUUAUGGGGAGAGUGAUGACAGACGGGAGAUUAACCGCAAGACUGAAGUGUGAUUUAACUGAGAAUCUUGCUCUGAGGGCCAAUGCUCAACUUACGAAUGAGCCACAUAUGUCACAAGGCAUGUUCAAUUUUGAUUUUAAGGGAUCAGAUUAUAGGACUCAGUUUCAACUAGGAAAUGGGGCUUUACUUGGCGCAAGUUACAUCCAGGCGAUAACUGAUUGCAUUUAUUUAUCUUUGCAGAGUGUGACUCCUCAUUUGUCAUUGGGUGGUGAAAUAUUCUGGGCUGGUCAACAUCGGAAAUCUGGCCUCGGCUAUGCUGCUCGUUACAGCACUGACAAGAUGAUUGCAGCCUGUCAAGUUGCUAGCACUGGUAUGGUUGCUCUGAGCUAUGUUCAGAAAGUUUCUGAAAAGGUUUCUCUAGCAUCAGAUUUUAUGUACAACGCAAUGUCUAGAGAUGUCACGGCCAGCUUCGGAUAUGAUUAUAUACUACGCCAGUGUCGAUUAAGAGGAAAGAUAGAUUCCAACGGUGUUGUGGCUGCUUUUCUGGAGGAGCGUUUUAAUAUGGGACUCAAUUUUAUUCUUUCGGCUGAGAUUGAUCAUAAGAAGAAGGAUUACAAGUUUGGAUUUGGUCUGACAGUCGGAGAAUAG